CCCGCCUCUCUGCCUCUGCUGGCCACGCCUCUCUGCUCCCUCUGCUGGGUACACCCCUCUCCCGCCCACGCCCACUCCCGCUCCUGGUAUGCCUCGACUGCCGGCGCGGCGCAACUCGCUGUGUCUCUUCUGCGCCUUCGCCCGCCCGCCGCCUCGCCUCCUCCCGCGCAUCCAAAUCGCAAACAGAACCUCAACCGCAAAAAGCGGCUCCCGCUCCCCGAAGCCCUUCUUCAAUGUCCUCGACAAAAAGAACCCCUUCCGGUUCCAGCCCGAAAAAAAGUCGCCCUCGGAGACGGUCAGCGAGAAACUCGACAAGCUCCGAAAAGAGUUCGCCGCAGACGACUUCCUCGACAGUCUCCAGCUCACUAGCACUGAGUUUGACCAAGAAUGGGUUGCCUUCGAACGCUCCAUCGCCCAGUGGGUCAAGCAGGAAUCGGACAGGCUGUAUACGCUGAUAGGUGAGGCCCACCGAGGGAAGGGCACACUGGAAACAGAGCUGCGCUAUCGCUUCUACGCCCAGACAUGUGGUCAACACUUCACAUCGGCAGAGCUGGAGAACCAGAAAGACGUGGCAGACCUGCGCUAUCCCUCCGAGUGGUACCCCUCGACACGAGAGAUCCCGCGUGUAGUGCACAUGCACGUGGGGCCCACCAACUCUGGCAAGACAUACCGUGCCCUCAAACGCCUCGAGGAAGCCCACACGGGCAUCUACCUCGGUCCACUCCGAUUGCUGGCCCACGAGGUCUACACACGUCUGAAUGCAAAAGGCAAGGAAUGUGCCCUCGUCACGGGCGAGGAGCAGCGCCUGCCCGAGGGUGAUGCGGCCGCCAUGUUCAGCUGCACAGUCGAGAUGGCGCCCCUGAACACGCCUUUCGAUGUCGCCGUCAUCGACGAAAUACAGAUGAUCAGUCAUCCAGAGCGGGGCUGGGCCUGGACGCAGGCAUUUCUGGGCUUGCAGGCUAAGGAGAUUCACCUUUGCGGCGAGGCGCGCACUGUACCUCUCAUGCGCGAGCUCUGUGCUCUCGUGGGCGACGAGGUCCAUGUCCAUGAGUACAACCGUCUGACGCCUCUCAAGGUCGAGCAUCGAAGUUUACGCGGAAAUCUGAGUCUGCUGGAGAAGGGUGACUGCAUUGUCGCAUUCACAAUCCUCGGCAUCCAUGCUCUACGACGCGAGAUUGAGAAGCAGACCUCGAAAAAGUGCGCCAUUAUCUAUGGCAGCUUGCCUCCUGAAACAAGAGCCCAGCAAGCUCGACUGUUCAACGACCCAGACAAUGAUUUUGACUACCUCGUGGCUAGCGAUGCCAUUGGUAUGGGGUUGAACUUGGCCAUCAAGCGUGUCAUCUUUGAGUCUACCAUGAAGAACAAUGGGACGACCUACGUUCCUCUGCAGAUAUCCGAAGUCAAGCAGAUCGCCGGCCGAGCUGGUCGUUACAAAACCGCGCAUCAAGCAGUCAGCGAAGACUCCACAUCAGCUUCAGUAACCGACAUUGCUGCUGACCCCGCUAUCGAUCUGGACGACAAGAAGGAACCUGACCCUGAGGUCAAAACUGUCGGAUGGGUAACGACUCUCGAUCAAAUCGACCACGACUAUCUCCGAAGAAGCAUGGAACGCGAACCCGAAGACAUCACCAGCGCCGGCGUCUUCCCGCCCUCCCUCGUCGUCGAGCGCUUCGCAAGCUACUUCCCCCCCGGCACCCCCUUCAGCUACAUCAUGCUGCGCCUCCACGAGAUCUGCGAAAUCCACCCACGCUUCCACCUCUGCGCGCUCAAAGACCAGCUCGCCAUCGCAGACGUCAUCCACCCGGUCAAGAACCUCAGCAUCCAAGACCGCAUCACCAUCUGCGCCGCCCCUAUCAACACCAGGCAAUCCGCAGAACAGCAAUUCCUCCGCUCCCUCGCGGAAUGCGUCGCAGACGGCAAAUCAGGCAGCCUUCUCGACCUCCCCGACCUGCCCCUGCACUUCAUGGACCUCCCCGCCACCCGCGAGCGCAGCUAUCUGUAUAAGUUGGAACAACUCCACAAGAUGAUCGUGUGCUACCUCUGGCUCAGCUACCGCUUCCCCAACGUCUUCACCACGCGGCCCCUCGCUAACCACGCGAAGAAACUCGUCGAGGAUAAGAUCGAGAAGACGCUUACGGAGUUUAGCUUCACGGAACUCGCGCGAGAGCGUAUGAGGCGUAAUAGGGAGAAGGCGCAUAAGGGGAUGGGUGAGGAUUUUGUUGCGGAGAAAUACACCCCCGCCGCUGCGGCGCCUGGCGUGCCUGUUGCGGAGAAGAUUGAGUGGGAUGCGGCGAGGGUUGAGGUUCCUCCGGUGGUGGUUGAGCGGGAUGAGGAGCGGGAUUUGUGGACGGGGUAGACAGGUAGGCGGGCAUUUAUAAAAGGUAGUUACGAUGUAGUGCGAAAUGGUGUACGAUUAUGGAGAUGGAAGAUGUAAAUUUAGAUAUCAUGGGCUCCUUCCGCCCUAGAUCGACCUGACUUUCGUCUUGAUGCGAGAGUUUUCUUUUCUUUCGAGACGCAUGGCCAGGUUAUGGCGUUGUGCGGAUUGGGAUUGUUAGAUAUGUAUGUACCACCAUCUUCACUGGAAUGAAAUGAACUGCUUGUAUUCAUUUCCG